CCAAUAAUAAAUGCUUGACGCUUCCCACUCAUGCUCUGGUUAUACGUAUACAAAUCAUAAAUAAAUAAAUACAUACAGAUCGAAUCGAAUCUUUGAUUACAUUAUUAUCAUACACUAUAACAUAACAAACAGUUCUUUAUUUGUUAAAUCCAAAGAUAAAAUAAGCGUGUGUUUCGCCUUCUCUUUUCACUUUUGUUUUUUCGGUUACUUCUCUCUCUCUCUCUUUCAGCCAUUUCCUUUUUGCUCUCUCUCUCUCUGAUCAUGGCUUCGUCCGUUUCCUCUACAUCCACUGUGAAAUUUGUUCCAGAAGAAGAUAAUUUCUUGCAGAGACAUGUCGCCUUCUUCGACAGGAACAAAGAUGGCAUCGUUUAUCCCUCGGAAACAUAUCAAGGAUUUAGAGCAAUCGGAUGUGGAUAUCUCUUGUCGGCAUUCGCUUCUUUGUUCAUCAACAUGGGUCUUAGCAGCAAAACUCGUCCGGGCAAAGGUUUUUCGUUAUCGUUUCCAAUAGAGGUUAAGAAUAUCCAUCUUGCCAAACAUGGCAGCGAUUCAGGCGUUUACGAUAAAGAUGGAAGGUUUGUGGAAUCCAAGUUCGAGGAGAUAUUUGCGAAGCAUUCAAAGACACAUCCCGAUGCGUUGACGAACGAGGAACUCAAACAGCUCCUCAACGCAAACAAAGAAGCUAAUGAUCGUAAAGGAGCGAUUGCAUCAUAUACGGAGUGGAAAAUACUGCAUUAUUUGUGUAAAGACAAGAAUGGUUUGUUGCACAAAGAGACAGUGAGAGCUGUCUACGAUGGUUCUCUUUUCGAAAGACUUGAGAAACAAAGAGCUUCUAAGAAACAUCCAUAAACACCCAAUUUAAACAAACUCUUGUAUGCUUGUGAAUUUGUUUUUUUUAUCAAAACUUUUAUUACUUCAAUGUUAUAGUGAACAAUGGUGUGAAGAUUUCAAUAUGUUUGAUUUCUAAAAUUAUGGGUUUUUCGUUUAUUUGAUCAAUUGUGUACGUAUCUAUUUCCAAUGAAUAAUUGAUUAUACUCAAAUUAAAGUAUCUCUUAAUUUCCUACA